AGCUCAGUUGCGCUGCGCUGCCCUUCAACUUUAAAGCACUUGCAACCUAAAUUGUCUCCGCAAUUCCCAGUACCCCAUUUGCCGUUUGAGUUAAGUGUUGAAAUUCUUGGACAUUGAAAAAGGUGGCAGAAAUGGCAACGUCCUCAUCUGAAUUGAAAGAGGAAGUGAAGAAGAAGAACAAGGAGGGAUUGGGGUGGAUAGAGUGGCUGAGAGGUUGGUUUUAUGUGGUGUAUGAAUUGCUGUUCCAGAGAAUCACUGCCAGCCAUUUGCUGAACCCAAUGCCUUUACCUCCUGUCAACGAUCUCACAUGUAUUGUUACUGGAUCCACUAGCGGUAUCGGCCGUGAAACUGCGAGGCAGUUAGCGGAGGCUGGUGCACAUGUUGUAAUGGCAGUGAGAAACACCAAAGCAGCCGAGGAGCUGAUUCAAAAGUGGCAAAAUGAAUGGUCAGGAAUGGGCCUUCCUCUCAAUAUUGAGGUGAUGGAACUUGAUCUACUCUCCUUGGAUUCUGUUGUAAGAUUUUGUGAAGCGUGGAAUGCACGAUCUGGACCUCUGCAUGUUCUAAUCAACAAUGCUGGGAUAUUUUCCAUUGGAGAGCCACAAAGAUUUUCAAAAGAUGGAUAUGAAGAGCACUUACAAGUGAAUCAUCUGGCUCCAGCACUGCUAUCAGUAUUGCUACUGCCAUCCCUUAUUAGAGGCUCUCCAAGUCGAAUUGUUAAUGUCAACUCCGUUAUGCAUUAUGUUGGGUUCGUUGAUACAAAUGACAUGAAUGUUGUUUCUGGGAAAAGAAAAUAUACAAGCUUAGUGGGUUAUUCGAGCAGCAAGCUCGCACAGAUCAUGUUUAGUAGCGUCUUACAUAAGCGCCUGCCUGCUGAAGCUGGUAUUUGUGUAACUUGUGUUUCUCCUGGUGUUGUCCAGACAAAUGUAGCCAGGGAUCUUCCCAGAAUCGUUCAAGCUGGUUAUCGUUUGAUACCCUACUUUAUCUUUAUCCCUCAAGAAGGUUCAAGGAGUGCUCUCUUUGCAGCCACUGAUCCUCAGGUUCCAGAGUACUGUCAAUUGUUGAAAUCAGAUGACUUUCCUGUUUGCGCAUUCAUUUCACAAGAUUGCAAUCCAACCAAUCCUUCUGAAGAAGCUCAUAAUGUUGAGACUUCACACGAAGUGUGGGAAAAGACAUUUGAGAUGAUUGGCCUUCCAUCUGAUGCUGUGGAGAGGCUUAUAGAAGGGGAAGAAUUUGCAUGCAGAUAUGGGGCUCAUAAUGAGUAACCUUUUUUUACCACGAGCGCAUCAAAGAUUGUUUUAAAGUCAGAAUGCAGAAAAAUGCCAUUCAAUUUUGCAAUGUAAGGAAUGGGCGAGUACCGCAAGCAUUCGGAUCCUGGUAGACACUUGAAGAGAGGGUAAUUUCUUUGCACACCAGUAUCGUAUGAAAUUCGUGUUUCUACAUGGUCUGAUUUAGAUACGUUAAUUUACUCAAACAUGUUGUAAAACCCAAUAUUUACAGCAACCUUUCUGUUUAGAGUCUAGAAAAACAAGGAUUAUUUCUCCGAAGUGUAAUGGUUGAUUUACUUGCCCCAUUAUGUGAAAUUGACGCACAGUGAAUUUCUUUGGUCAUAAAUCAUAAUUACAUCUUGCUCUUGA